AUGUAUAUAUGGCAGGAGAACAGCAUUUAUGAAAACGUCACUCUAGAUGAGAGCGCGGCAGUUAAUCAGAAGCCAGCAAUAAAGCCCAAACCUGCCACACAGGCCCCAGCAGGUAAGAAGCAGGAUUCUAAAGAUCAGGAGGAAGAAGACGUUGAGGAAGAAGUUCAAUCUCCUGACAGUUGUUACUACAACGCAGGCGCCGAUGACGCCGUAAGAGACGUCGCUGUGUCGGAACUAGCUGCAACGGUGGCAACACUGAAGGGGAGAAAAGAUGGAUUUGAGAAAGAAUAUCACAGACUUCCAACUGGGUUUACGGCGCCGUAUCAAGACUCCCAGAAACCCGAGAACAGUGGCAAGAACAAGUUCAGAGGCUACUACCCCUACGACCACAACAGAGUCCGCCUAACGCCCCUCCCCGACGUCCCCGGGUCUGACUACAUCAACGCAAGCUUCAUGCACAGCUACAACCAGGGAAAGACAUAUAUAGCAUCUCAGGCACCCAACAAGAAGACCGUAGGAGACUUCUGGCGGAUGAUCUGGGAACAUUCCUGCAGCCAUGUGGUCAUGUUGACUGGUCUCGUGGAGGAAAGUAGGGUGAAAUGUGAACGAUACUGGCCGACAGAUAACGUAAUGGAAACUGGUGGUUUGAAAAUAAUGGUUGAGGAAACACAGACCCGUGCGAACUUUACAACGAGACACCUGAAAGUCACGUCCACAACUGGAGAGUGUCGGUCAGUCAUCCAGUUCCACUUCACAUCCUGGCCCGACCACGGUGUUCCUGACACCCUCGCCCUGGUCAACUAUAUAUGGUUGGUCCGGCGGACAGCUGCAGAAACAGAUGGACCGCUGCUUGUCCACUGCAGUGCCGGUAUUGGACGUACAGGCACAUACAUCGCCAUUGACUCCCUGAUAGACCAGGCCCGAGGGGAGGGGGUGGUGGAUGUCCUGGGGUAUGUGUCAGCCAUGAGGGGUCAGAGGAAGAACAUGAUACAGACUCCGGCACAAUAUGAGUGUGUCUUCCUCUGCCUUCUGGAGAUGACGACAUAUGGCAGUACCAGCAUGGACGUCUCCAACUACACGAACAGCUACAGCAGCAGCGGCAUGGACACCACCGUGGACGGCAAGACUUUAAGUCAAUUAUCAGAGAUGCUGAUGUCAGAGGUGCGAGGAGAUCCUCCCGACCGACACAGAAUGUGGGUGGAUGGUAAUCCUGAGUUCAUUGUCCGUGUAGGACCGUCCCUGACCCGUCUAAAGGGGUACCUGCAAGCCACUGCACCUCCCCCGGGAUUGGUAAAAUUGUUGUGGAAACUGGUAGAAGAGAACAACGUCCACAACAUCAUCGUCGUCACGCCAAAUAUGGGUUUAGUCCAAGCAGAGGGAAGGUCAAAGACACAUGGUGAGAUUACCGUGACAACCACGAGUGAAACCAGCCUAUCAACAGACCUUACCAUGAACAACUUGCACUUAGCCACCAAGACAGACAGGCCUCGCCAGGUGAAGAUGAUCAGAGUUAAUGCACACUUGACUACAGAAAUUGUGACAUCCUAUUUGUUGAAUCAUCCCCAACUGCAAGAAAUAUCAAAACAAACUCACCCAGUUGUUGUUCUUCACAGCGAAAACGACAGAAAGCUUGCCGUCUCUUUCUGCAUUAUGGGGAAUAUUCUCUCCGGUAUUCGUGAGGACACUUGUGUUGACGUCAUCGGCCAUGUGAGAACAAUCCUCAGAUGUUGCCGUGACCUUCAGUUCAACGAGGAUGAUGUGCAGAUGUUUCAUGACUUUGCCCUGCAGUGUAUUCUGAGAACAGAUCCUUCAAAUACCUAUGCCAACAUCUGAACUCAACACCAGACAGUCCCCACGGACCACAUCACACCUACGAAAAGAACGAACAUAUUACCACAUUCAGUCCCAUAACAGCGACACCAAUAUAUAUCUAUUAGUGAACACUUUCCUUAUUAUGCAGUGACAAUGCCUUGAAAUGAAUCGUAGGAAUGAAUUACCAGUCUUGCCUCAAACAUAAAUACCGAUUCUACGAGCAAUCGAUUCUUUGACGACCCUUGUUAUUGAACCAUAAGCAUCUUUUUCAAUUCAGGAACAAUCGGUUGAGACAUGUUGAAUGUCUUGAUUACAUCGAAAACCCACUUACAUGUACCUGUGGCAACAGCAACAUAUGUAUUGAACAUUAUUCUCUAUAUUGCCUGUAACGCCCAUAAGCAGUAUUGUUGUGUAUAUAAUAAUAAUAUAAUUUUGAUACCAUAACUUUACGUUGUUAAUAUGCACCAAAGUAUAAUAUUUAUAAUUUGUGUUGUUGCACUACAUGAUAUACCACCAAUCAUGCGGUGAAGGUGACACUAUUUACCC